AGGAGGAUGGGGAAGAGGAGAAAGGAGGAGAGGAGGAUGGGGAAGAGGAGAAAGGAGGAGAGGAGGAUGAGGAAGAGGAGAAAGGAGGAGAAGACACUUAAAGAUCUACAUGAGGAUGAGGAAGAGGAGGAUGGGGGAAAGGAGGAGAGGAGGAUGGGGAAGAGGAGAAAGGAGGAGAGGAGGAUGAGGAAGAGGAGAAAGAGGAAGAGGAGAAAGGAGGAGGAGAGGAGAAAGGAGGAGGAGAGGAGGCGACACUUAAAGAUCUACAGGAGGAAAGAGAGGGAGAGGGAGAGGGAGAGGAGGGAGAGGGAGAGAGGAGAGGGAGAGGAG